AUCAGCAGCAGUGACACGUCAGCAGUACCACGACAGCAGCAGGGCCACGUCAGCAGUACCUCGUCAGCUGACACCGUACAGCUAACUGCAGCUUAUGCUCCAACGCAGCAAACGCAUCGCAGCACGUGAAGGGCGGGCAGCCGCAGCGGAACAGCAGCUACCCCUGCCCCACCCCUCUGCAAUGGAUGCUCAGGGCAACCCCACGGUGGACAACGCCGCAUCCGGCAGUCCACGCGAGGCGUGCAGCUCGAACGCCCUGGUCCCACAGGUCCAGCAGGUGGGUUCCACUGCGACAGCUGCGGGAGCCCUCGAUGCGGCGCCAGUCUGGCAGCAAGGAGAGACCAUGAUGGCCUUCCUGGCCCACCUGGACACCUACAUGCAACAAGUACGAGAGGAACAGCAACGCGAGGCAGCAGCUGAAACGGCACGCCUCAACGCCAUUGCACGCGACGCGGAGCAACGGCGCCGGCAGCACGCUGAAGCAGCUGCCAACCAUAACAAAGCUCGAAAAGAUGCCGCAUCUGUCCUCAUGCAGCAGGAAGCCGCUCAUACCACCGCACUCCAAGCAUGGAAUGUUGAUCCGGCGCAGACGGCGGAACCAAUUGCAGAGGAGCAGACCAAGUCAGCCCUCGCCGCCGCCCAUCACAUCCAUCGGCCAGGUCAGCGCUACGGUGAGCGCACGUGGGCGGGGCGUUCAAAGCUUGCCGCGCGCCGCGUCAGGGAGGAGGAACCCGGCGGGGUGACGCGCACGACAGGAGCUCACGCAGCGGGGCGUUUGCGCCCUGAUGGGAAGCGGGUCUACGAGUCAUGGUGGAUCGGCUUUGUAGUACACUUUCUGUUCUGACCACGAGCGUUGUC